AUGGCGGCGCUUGAACUGGCGCGACGAGGACCCGAACCGGGGGAGACGUGGACCGCGGAGCGAGAGGAGAUGCGAGCGCGGGCGCGGGCGUCGAUUCCGAGCGCGGUGGGGACGUAUUGGCGAGCGAGGAGCGAGGCGCUGAUUGAAAGUCAAGCGGUGCGGGACGCGGCGCCGUUGAUGUCGAGCGCGGUGAACGUGGCGAUCGCGGGGGUGGUGCUGCGGUUGUUUUUGCCGCGCGUCGCGGCGCUGCAAGCGGUGGGUGGGUUCGACGAGUUGACUGAAUUUUUUGGGUUGCCGCCGAGGAGCGAGUUGAGCGGAUAUUUGGAUCAGUUGCGAGCGUUGCCCGUGGCGGCGGUGUUCGCGGUGUACGUUGGGUUGUUCGUGGCGGAAAAGUUGACGAUGACGGAUGAGUUUUUGCCGAUCGGCUUCGUGCUGCCCGUGGUGUCGCCGGUGGUGUUCGGCGGCGUCUUCGGAGGGACGAUGGUGACGUCGCUGGCGAGCACGCUGGCGGCGAGCGUCAAUUUCUUCCUCGCGCGGUACGUGUUGAAGGAUAAGAUAUUAGGCUUUAAGUGGGGCGAAAGUGAUCCCGUGGGCGAGCAAAAGUGGUUCGCCGCGCUGAGUCGAAGAUUCGACUCGUCGCAAUUCCCCGAGUCCACGGUGCCCGAGGGGUUCAAGUCGGCGCUCUUGCUCAGGCUGUGCCCGAUUUUACCGAUUCCGAUAAGUGGGAACUGGUACGUGUGCGGGCUGACGCCUCUCAAAUUCAAAGAGUUCUUCGCCGCGCACUUCAUCGGAAGCUCGAAGACUGCGUUCAUCGACGCGUAUUUAGGUUCAAUUUUGCUCACCGCGGUGUUCGACGAGUCAUCCGUCAAGGACCAGGCGCAAGGCGCGCUCGUGUUCGAAACCGUCGCCAUCAUGGUUGUUUCCAUCUUAGUCAGCACGUACGCCACGGAGCUCUUCACGCAGAUUCUCGACGAAGAAGGCGUCGACGCGGGGGCGAUGAUGGGAUUCGGUUCGGAAUCCAAAGACGAAGACGAAGGCGAAGACGCCGUCGACGCCACCGUCGCCUUCAUCGCCGCCGCCGCCCUGCCCGUGGAACCAGCCGGCUCCACGGCGACGAGCGAUGAUGAACCGAAAGCCGACGACGACGAGAACGACGACGACGCCACGUCGAACGAACCUGAACUCAUCCCAAUCGAGCGCAUGCCCGAGGAUGAAAAAGUUUUAAUCGCCGAAGGCGAAGCGCUCUGGCGACGCGCCGCGCGCGUCGAAGCCGAGCGUCAAAAGCUCACCAUCGAAGAGAUGACCGAUUACGACUCCAUGGGACCAGACAUGUGA